AUGAUUAAAUCAAUUUAAUCAUUAGUCAAAUCUAAAAUAUUUUACAACAAAUAAUAAUUAAUUCUUAAAAGCGAUAACUUCAACACUAAUAGAAUAUUAAGAUAUAAUAGUAUUACUAAUAACCAAUAAUAUAACUAUAGUAAUUUUUUAUUUAAAUGGAAAGUAAGAUAUAAUUUGAUAUAUUUGGUUGAAGAUGAGAGAAAAAUGUAUUUUUUUGAAAAAAUUGUCAAUAAGUUUGGUUAAUAUGGUGAAAAAGAUAUCUAGAAAGUAAAAUCAGGAAGCGAUAUUAUUUUGGGAACCAUGAAAGAUCCAGUAUUUAUUUGUAAAGUAAAAACACUUCUUUUACAAGAACUAGAAGAGGAUAAAAACUAGGAUUUCUUUAAAAUUCUUUCAAUUAGAACAAGUCUCCUAAAUGAUUUAAUUUUGAUAAAGGACAAAAAAAAAGCUGAAUCACAAUUGAUCAAAAUGAAAAAUAUGUAUUACUAAUUAAAAAAUGAAGAUAUUUAAUAAGAAGAUUUGGAGAACUUUAUUCAUUAGUAUAUAAUAAGCAAUAUUUAAAUAGAAAAUUAUUAAGAAGCAUUGAUAUUCACUGAAAAGCUAAAUUCGAAUUUAGAAAAAUUGAAGAAAGAAACAGAAAGUGAUAAAAGUAAAGAAAAAGAGUUAAUCAAUAAAUCUGUGACUAUUUCUAGUUACUUAUGGACAAUUUUUAGAUAGGGUGAGUAGAAUUAUUAAAAAUCAAUGGAAGUUGUUCAUAAUCUUUCUAAGCUUGUGAGCAAUUAAAACUUAAAGCUAUUUUAGCUUUUAAAACCUUAAGUUUUAAAUUAAUUCGAUUAAAUGAUGAUUGAUGUCAUACAUUAUAAUAUUGAAAAAAAAGAGUUUGAAAGAUCCCUAAAAUAUUAUAAAUUCUAUGUAAAAAAUUAUUAUAGAGACAUGAUCCAAAAAUAAUUAUAGCAUUAAAAUAUUAUCAAUACUUUAGAAAGUAUCUAAAGCUAUUAUAACUACAUUGAUUUAUCUUCAUAAAAAUUCAAUAAAUAAAAGAAAAUUGAUAAAAUUGAUGAGGACAUUUAUUCUCACUCUGUUGAGUAAUAUUAUAAAUAUUCUAUUUACCUAAAUGAAGAAAUGGGAGUAGAUAUUAAUUGCUUUUAAAUCAAAGAAUCUAUAGAUUAAGUUCUAAAAAAACUUAGUGGAGCAAAUUAGAGAAGAAUCAGUGCUUCUUUAAUAAAUUUUGAAGAAGCUAUUUAAAAAUAAAAAAUGAGUGAUUUAGAAGAUCACAUGAAGGAAAUAGAAGAAUAAAAUAAGUUACAGUAAAAUAAAGAAAAUAAAUUUAAUGAUUAAAAUUAAGAGCAAUAAUAAUUAUAAAAAAAUACUGAAUAAGAAGGCAAAGAAAAUGUAAUUAUAAAUUCAAAACUAAAAUUAUGA